UCGAUGCCCGAAGCGCGCUCGGGACGCUUCGGGAGAGUUUGAGCGGGUUGUCGCCGUCCUCCGCGAGAGCACGGUCCAGCGACGCGCGGUCGUGGGCCCCGCCCCCCUUCUAUUUCACUCGGCGACUGGCAGCCGCCUGAUGCAGUGAAGUCCCUCGCCCGCUCACACCGACCCGUCUCCCUCGUUUUCUCUUCCGGUGGUUCCACCUGCGCGUCCAACGUUGAACAGCGGUAGCGGAAAAGCGCGGUUUCGCUGCUGCGAUCAAGAGGUUUCGCCCGACGUAUGGCGCAUUCCCGCAUGGCGCGCGGCCUUUGAAAGAAGAGUCGGUGGUCUUUCGGCCCGGUAGCGGUUGCCGCAAUCAUGGACCCUUGGCUGAGGCGUAUCUUCGGCGCCCGGAUUGUCGGACACCUGUUCAGGUACGCAACCCUACUGGCGUUUUCAGUCGUUGCCUUCCACUCAACAACCAUGUGCGAAGCCUCAGGACAUGGCUCACCGAAGUUAUGCGACUCAACCUACCAGCCCAUGUACUGUCGCUGCAACGUCGAAGAAGGCGACGGAGAAGACCCAACCGACGUGCAGUGUUUCGUCACAGCGCAAUUCGCGGCGGACGACGCCUUCCUGAAGAUCUUUGAAGGAAGGGCGUCCGUAGAGUCACUGGGCUUCACGACAUACGGUUCGGGUGCUCACAAGAUGGAUUUCGUGCCGACCGACACACUGAGCAAGAUGCCCGGCCUGGAGAAGCUCAAGUUUUCCCAGAUGAACCUGGGAAAGCUGGGAAAAAGGGCCUUCUACAACCUAAGCCGCCUGGCGGUACUUUCGUUGGACUCCAACGAGAUCACAGCUCUGGACAUGGAGGCGGUCUCCCAGCUACCACGGCUUCGCAAGCUCGAACUCGCCGACAACAACCUGACGGCACUAGCGACUGGAGCGCUGACGGAACUGCCAUCACUUACACACCUUUACUUGGAGAAGAACCAGAUCGUCACUCUCGGAGACAUGGCCUUCGUUCACCUGAGCAGCCUUAGCGAGUUGGACCUCAGCGACAACGCCAUCGAGAACCUCACUGAAGGCACGUUUAAGGGACUCGGUCAACUCACCCGCCUGGACCUGUUUCGAAACAAGGUUCGCAAGCUUGGCGCCCGCGUCUUCGGAGGCGCUCCCAUGCUGGCGGAGUUGGAUCUCAAGUACAACUCCAUCGUCGAAGUGGACCCGCUAGCAUUCGAUGGUCUUCCGCAGCUGGCGAUACUGUACCUGUCGUACAAUCGCCUGCGCGUGCUGCCGGCCAACAUGUUCCUAGGCGCUCCCAACCUGCUGACUGUGGACCUGUCGCAGAACAAGCUGGUCACGCUCACGUGGAGGACGCUGCAGGACUUGGUCAACAUCGACGCCCCAUCGUUCGACCUCAGCCUCACUGGGAACCAGUUCAGCUGCGACUGUCGACUCGCUUGGAUGCUGUACCUGGAGAACAACACUCGCAGUGACAAGUUCCGCAGGGAACUGCGCCACAUCAAGUGUGACUUUGACGCCACCGACGCUGGUGCGACUGUCAAGCCCGGUGGCGGCAGCUCCAAGGUGGCCAGACUGAGCCUGAAGCAACUGGGCUGCCGCGAGGACUACGAGCAUCCCAGGCUGCGAGGUCCCCACACUGCUUCCCCGUCACCUUCGUUCCCGGCACCUGGCGGCCACGAUUAUGAUGACGAUGACCUGGAGUCCACUACGGCCGGUAAACUCGACGACAGAAUGGAUAAAGAAGGUAGCACCACCGAUGGUGAUCAAGACAUCGCCGAAGGGUCUUUGCACCCCACAGUAUCACUGCCAGCGUCCGUUACUCAAGGCGAAGGAGAGGCAGUCGGUGAUGACCUCAGCAGGAGUGAUCAUUCGUCGAACGACAUCGACACGGUUCUCAGUCAGCAGAAGGCACUCGACAAGUCAGAGCCGCCGCGCAAGAAUAAGCCUCGUCCUGCGGGUGUGAACAGCGCGGCGUUGCACACCAGUCCAGCGUCAAGUUGUGUUGGUAUAAUGGCGACGUCGUUGAUCGCCCUGGCUAUCUCGAUGGACAGAUGAUAGGUAGGCAAUCGCAGGAAAGUGCGGACAUGCGUUAUGCGGAAAGCAGGUGGUUUUCGCCUCGUCUAAACGAGUUCCUUUGUUCGCUCGUGUCUGUGUCCUGUGCAGAUGUUGCUUCUCUGCUGCCAUCUCAGACGGUGCUUCGGCAGCGUUGAGUGCACGAGUCAAGUGUGGUGCGCAGUACACAUCACGAACAGGGUGUGCAGAACUGUGAUUUCUUGCAGCCGAUUGCUGUUCUCGUUGUAUGCAAUGUGCAACUACACUUUGUGUUGUAACAAGUCUCGAUGCAUCUGGCCAUACAAGAGGGUGAAAAAAAAAUAGGAAGCAUCGAGGAAGCGAUACGGCUCCAUCACUUUCGUUAUCUAAUCUCACUUGCGGUGCAAGGGUAAUACAGUAGAUCACUCGAGUAGUGUAGAUGGCCAAAGAGCGCCGCCUGAAUAAAUCUUCUUAGGCACUUUUGGGCAAAUUAUUUCUGGCGAUCAGUUUUUUACUGUGUUAAUGAAGUGCUUCUUUUCGCAAAAAGAAUUCUCUAUAUGCUUCUUUGAGAGCGAUAUGAUAUAAGCAUUUUUUCACUUCCUAUUUGUUUUAUUUGCGUAUUCAUAAAAUAGCGUCUGAACACGGCAAUUCCACGGGCACCUUCAUGCAUAUGAGACGAAUUCUGAGUAUUUUAUGCUGAAUGCCUAAAACACAGUGGGCUGUAGAAGCAUAGAUUCUUAAUUCAAGAGUUUAGUGACAUUUCGAGCUUUCCGCACCCAUGACCUAACCACAUGACCAAAAUCGAUUCGCAACAUCCAAGGAUUCCUAGUAUUGUCAGUGUUGCUGGAGCAGCGUUUUCUCAGCUUCUGUCAAUAUGAUGAUGACCAAUGUUACUCGUCUUCAAGAAGCCCCUGCAGUGACUUUAAAUUAUAUUCUCUAUUCUGUCUCUGCCGUCUUGUGUUUAGGUUGCACACAAAAUUACUUUUUUGUGUCCGAUAACAACGUCCCGACCGAAUGUGCAACGCCAGCUCAGAGUACACGUAAUGUCAGCGUUUGUGAACAGGCCCGAUUGGGUUUUUUUGCAAGGGACAGGAAACGUUCGACAUUUUAAGUGCACCGAAGAACUUCUGCGCUAGCGACCGUAACAUCGGUAAGCCGACGGAGUCAUUUCUGAGCAAAUUUCAUUCCUCAUUACUGCGAUAAAUGGCCCAGGAAGAAGCAUAAGUACUCACAAUGUAGAUAGUACCAGCAGCAGCAAGAUCGGACGCAAAACUGUGCCACUUUAUCAUAGCUGAGGAGCCGCAUGUGACAAUUUAAAAAGCCUAGGCCUUCCGUACCAGAUAGCGCACCAUUGCAGGUUGUUUGCUUUCAUGACCGUAACAUUCAAUGUGGACAGUGGACUCUCUUUAAACAGAACCUUAAGGAACCAAAGAAAGUGGUUCCGUUUUUCAGGAGUUCUAUUUAGUGAGAUACAUUGCAGAGAGCAUUGCAUGAAUACAAAACCAACCAACCAUGAGGAUGGUGUUGCGUUUAAGCGGCAGUGCCGUUUAAGCGAUUUCCGUUUAUCGAGAUUCCACUAUUAGUUUGGCAGAACUUCUCAUACAUAGGCAACACAGUGUAGUUCACCGUCGCACCUCAAAUCACAUUUUUGUUUUUAUACAUCGACCUCUUCAGCAGCGUUCGUGUUUCUUUUCUUUAAACUGCCUCACACGCGAAAUAUGGGUUCUUACAAUUCGUAUGUUACAAUGUAAUCGAAAACUUUGCCGUCUGUGUGUCCAUUUUUAGUCCAUAUAGUUGUUACUGCUGCGUCAUUGACGAUCCUACAAAGUGUAAAUGGCGACCGCGCUCACUUCGCCCCAUAAUCACAGUUGCUGAUGAAGAACAGCACACUGCCGGAAAUGGAGGCGGCAAACGCUAUGUGUUGUUAUAUUUUCAACGCGAUUUGUCUGUUAAUGCAACCCACAAACACAAUUGUUAAUUAGUUCACUGUACGUGUAGAUUCUGCGCCACUGUACAAUAAGGUGUUACGUAUUCAGAUUUCUAAUUUUCGAAUGCAUAUUACAACGCACAUUUCCCCUAACUGUACUUCAAUGUAACUUCUGCAAAAGUGUUCGAAACAUGGAAGCGCACUUUCUCACUUAUUCAAUAAACAAUAUUUAGAAAGAUAUACAACUCUGUUACUCUCCAGUCAUAGUAAUCUUAAGUCGGCUGUCGGCGACUCAUUUCUGGUCUAUUUCCUUGAUGUUGUUACUAUUGCUGCUGAUGUUUUCAUGUUGCUGUUGUGUGCAUAUACAUGCGAAAUUCCACUGACUGGAAAGCAGACUUAGCGUGUUUUGUGACGGUCGUCCUGACCAAAGGAAGCGUCGUUAGCAUGCGGCAGUGUGUUCAAUAAAAUUUUACGUGCUCGU